CACGCUAUCUCAAGAACAUCAAUAUGACUACAACAAACGGGUCAUCACAUGCCGGAGAGAGUGAUGUUAUGGAGGAAAUAGCAAAGCUCAAGCGGCGUAUAGAAGAGCAGGACCAACGCAUAGAAGAGCAAGACCAAAUUAUUGAAGGAUUUAGAAACCAGGAUGAAGCCAAUUUCCGCCAAGGCAAUGAUGAAUCUCAGCUGGAAGUACCACAAAAUAGAAGAAAGAGAGUUCAUGCUAGUGGACCUGAGCAAGUACGCUUAGUGAGCAGACCAAAAUAUACAAUAAAGCAUCAUCCUGACUGCGAGGGUAGCAAUGAAUUCUCAUAUCAAGGACAAUCAUCACUAACACCUCCUUUUCCUGAAGAAGGGGAGAUGAGAAAGAGCGGUGAGAAUCUGGAUGAAAAUUCGAGAAGAGUGCACAAACAAAUGACUCAAAACAAGACUCCAAGCCAUAUGUCCUCAAAGAAGAGAUGUCGUCCUUCGGAAGAGAUUCGUAAUGCAGUAAUUUUGAAAUCUUCAAUAUAUCCAAAUAAAAGUUGGUGGUGUUGA